AACCGCUCCCAACAUUCGCACAAGAUCACUGAUUCGGCCCGCUUCCACGCCAGACCCGUCAACGGCAAUAUAGCAACAGUAGUCCCGAACAUCGAGGAGGAUGGCGUGCGUGACUCACUCCCCAAGUUCCUACGGGUGGACACCGGCACCCGCACCGUGUUUCGGGACUCCUUCUACGCGCCCAAGGAGGGCAUUGAGGACUUUGUUGAGGAUGACAGGCGCCCCUUCACCUCCAUUCGCUCCUUGCCCCACAUGGCCCUGAACGAACUCGCAUCGGAGGAUACCCGCAUUCGGAAACUGAAACCGCCGUACGAACACGUCUUGGGUCCUGGUUCGUACAACUCCGAUCCUCUGGGUGAGCGGGCCACGGGGCCGCUGACCGUGACUCCAGGGGAGGUCCACCACACAGUGCAGUACGCACGUGACCCUCGGCGGCCCUCGGCCGUAUUCUUGUCCCCGAUGAGAGGUCGCACCGCCACGGAGAUUGCCACAGCGGCCGUCUCCCCUCCCAUCGUGAGCCGCAUGUCCGAGCCCGACUUCACCUACUGGACCAGCAAGGGCUGUUGGGCCCCACGAGAGGAACGAAUCAUUGAGGCGGACCGCUGGGGCAAGAACGCCAGGGAGGUCAAACCACCCGCGGAGGAGCGACCGCAAAGUGUCUACACCCCCCAAGUCACCAUCGACGGCCACCCGAACAGCUGCGACGCCUACACCAGCGCCCGGGAGACACCGGCCUACAAGGUGAAGCGUUACGACGACAUCACGGCCGCCAAACCCGAUGUGGGGCCAGGGUCGUACAAUCCCGAGGCGCCGCGGCUGCGCUCCACCAACUCAGCGUACGAAAGUGCGGAUCCGUACUACUCCUUGGCGUCGGGCACGCCGCCGCCGCUGGGCUCCAACGAUUCCGCCGGCGGGGCCCUCAGCAACACACCGCUAGCGAACCUCCUGCCGCCGCAGCUGCAGCAGCAGCUGGCCGCCGCCGGCACACUGGCGCUGCUCGCGCCGCCGACGUCGUCGGCGCCGAGCACGCCUCACGGCGGCGGCGCGCCGUCACGCCACGGCUUUGCGUCGCUGGCGCCUGGAGGCUCGGCCGCCGGACCACGUUCCGCACCCCGGCUCAUCGUAACAGCGGACCUGCGGAAGGAGCGACAGCGGCUCCGAAACCCCCAGUAA